AUGGGAGUUUGUACUUCUUCAUCUGCAAAAAAUGAUCAGAAAUAAAAGAAACCUUAACCAGAAACCAAACCAGAUCAAUAAAUUUCAUUGGUUUCGGGGUAGAAUAACAAUACAAAUUAAUUGCAAGAUCGUAAUUUGAAGAACAAGGCCAUAAUUCCACAAAAAAACCUAUCCACAAAUCAAACAACAACUCCUGUAUAAAUUAAUUCAACGAAAAAUGGUACAAUGAUCAUCAGGAGAGCUUCUCAUGCUACAACUACUACUACAAAAACUAUGAUUGUUUAAUCUUCUUAGUUAUAUGAGUAACCACUAGCAAAGGGAUCAUCGCCAUUUAAUACUCAAAAUAAAAGAAACAGCGUAAGAUAAGGAACUAAGACUCUUCAAGUGACUGCCUCCAAAAAUUACUCAAUUGUAUCAAGCAAAAUUCUAGGUAUAAUAAGUGCUAUUAAAUAGCAGAAAAUUAAGGCAAAACGGUAAUGCAGCAUAAUGAAACAGGUCAAUUGGUUUAGGUAGAGGUACUUAAAUUUGAUCAUAAGAAUCGAUAAUACAUUGAUAAAUUAGAGGAGAUUAAAUUGGUAAGCAAAUUAAUAACAUAGGAUAAUAUUAACAUUGUAAAAAUUAUUGACAUUCUUGUUGAUCACCAGAAAAAAUCAUAUUAGGUAAUGUAUGAAUGUUGUCCUGGAGGUUCUUUGUCUAAAUAUGUCGAAAAUCGCAAGUAUGAUAACCAAUAAAUCGGAAUCAUAUUUUAUUAGAUGAUAGAGGCACUAGGAUAUAUACAUUCUUUAGGAUUAAGUCACGAUGAAUUGACAAUCAAUAGCUUCUCAGUCUUUGAUGAUUCCUCCACACCCUUUAUCAAGUUAUCUGAUGUUCGAAGCAUCUACCAAUUAAUGUAUCUAAAAGAGGCUCAAUGUUAUGAAGAUCCAAUAUCCUCUAAGCAUUAGCAUCGCAGACAUUCUAAUAAACAUUUAGACCCAAAUCCUAUUGAAGUUAAGAGCAGGAAUAAAUGCAAUGAUGUGUGGGCAUUGGCUGUCAUCAUUCUCUAAUUGAGAAACAAAGAAAUACCAUAUACUAUGUAAGAUAUUCAAUCAUUCAAACCUGAAGAAUAUUUAAGUAACUAUCCUUCUGAGAUGAAUUCACUCUUGCUUGAGAUGCUAAACGUCAAUCGGCAAGAGAGAAUCACUCUAAAACAAUGUUUGGAACACCCAUUCUUGGUGAAGAUGAAACAGGUCUAACCGUAGGAUUUGUUGCAACCCUUAAAGAAUAUGAUUAAAUGCAAGAAUAUGACUUAUUUACACAGAUGUGUGUUUUGGUAUCUUCUUCAGAACUAUGCCAAUGAUCAUUUGAAAGUUUUGACUAAGUUAUUUAUAACAGCUGACAUUAAUUCAGAUGGAAGUUUGGGUUUAGAAGAAUUAAAAGAGCUAUUCUCGUUCGAAGGGAAGGAUUUGAUCGAUCAAUUAAAUCUUCAAUAGGAACUCAAUUUAGAUGAUUUUCUACUUCUUGCUUCCAAUAAAGAUGUUAUCUUAACCUAAGACAUUCUGGAAUCUAGUUUCAAAAUUCUAUCUAGACAAUCGAAUCUAAUCACUCUGAAAUCAUUAUUAAGAGUCUUAGAUAAUUUCAAUGAAUUAUAAAUUCAAUAAGAUUUUAAAUCAUUCAAUCUCAAUGAUGGUGUAAGAAUAUUAUUCAUAUUUCAUCUAGCUAAAUCUAUAAGAGUACAAGGAAUUUAUAAUUAAUUAUGAAACUCCAAAUCCAAUAAUUUGA